AUGAUGGACAAACCGAAACGCCCGAUGUCAGCGUACCUGCUGUGGCUAAACAGUGCGCGCGGGCAGAUCAAGGCCGACCACCCGGGGCUGAAAGUGACCGAGGUGGCGAAGAAGGCAGGCGAGCUGUGGCGCGCCAUGGAGGACAAAACCACGUGGGAGCAGCGCGCCGCCGCCGCCAAGGAACAGUACACGCUCGACCUGGAGGCGUUUAACGCUACCGGCGCUGUCGGUGCCGCCCCACCCGCCAAGCGCGCUCAAAAGCGUCAGGGUAAGACGAGGCAGCCCAAAGUAAAGAAGGAACGCGCCACGGUGAAGAAGGAGGAUACAGACGAGGAAGGAGACGAUGACGAGGGUGAGGAUAACGAAGCGGAGGAGAGCGAAUAA